AUGGAAAAUAAAUAGUCCAUUUAAAUUCAUAUUAACUUAUCUUAGUUUAUAUCAAAAUAAAACAAAGAAGAAUAAUCUGCUCAGCUAUAUGAACAUUGGCAUCAAUUAAUCAAACAAAAAUUAUAAGGGAGUUAACAAAAUGAUACUCGCAAAUUAAUGAAUCCAAGAUUAUCUGAAACUCAAUAAAGAAAUAGAACGCUUACACCAAAUCAGAAUAUAUAAAAAGACUAAGACAUCAUUAAAGAUAUAUAAAAUAUCAAGUUUAGAUUGCAUAAAAUAGAUUGAAUUAUUUAAAGUAGCAAACUAG